UCCUAACUGCCUUGGAUGGGAAACACAUCUCAAUUAUCCCUCCACCAUCCUCAGGGUCUACUUUUUAUAACUAUAAACAUAGCUUCUCAGUUGUGUUGAUGGCCCUGAUGGACAGCAACUACCGCUUCCUUUAUGUGGAUGUGGGGUGCAACGGCAGGGUGUCUGAUGGUGGGGUUUUCAGGGGCUGCUCACUCCAGCAGUCCCUUGAGCAGAAGACAGCCAACAUCCCCGACCCUGCACCACUUUCUGGUCCAGAGCUGCUCUCACCCUACACCAUAGUAGCUGAUGAGGCUUUCCCGCUCAAGGAGUAUAUCCUGAAGCCCUACUCUAGCCGCGGCCUCACCCAGGAGCAGAGGAUUUUCAAUUACCGGCUUUCAAGAGCACGGAGGGUGGUGGAAAAUGCCUUUGGCAUACUAGCAAACCACUGGCGUGUCUUCACCACAAAAAUCCACCUGCAGCCAGAGACUGUGGACAAGAUUGUCCUCGCCUGCACCGUGCUGCACAAUGUCCUACGUGACCAGUGGUGAUGGCUACACCCAGCUUCCCAGCGAGCGGGAUGGCCCUGGUGAACAUGGUCCAACCCUUCCCCAGGCUGCACUACCACGCAGCACAAACACCACUCUGCAGGCUAAGAGGAACAGAGACAUCCUCUGCAAUUACAUGUGCUCAGACGCUGGUGCUGUAGCAUGGCAGUGGGACAAAAUUUAAUCAUGUGUGUGGGUGUAAGUAAUAAUCAAGCUGUAUUAUAUUAAAUUGUUUUAUAUUUCAUAUUCCAGCACAGAUCAAUUGUAUAUUGUAUGUAGCCUAUUCUAUUAUCUAUUAUCCUAUUCUAUUAUCCAUCUCAAAGUAGUAGUUGAGCCGAUUGUAAACAAAGACAGAUAAAACUGAAAUUUAACUAACAGGAAAUGCAAUGUAUCCAACAACGGGUAAUUUAAACAAACUGUAAACUCCAGCUAUUUACUCCAAUGCAGAUGUAGUGAAGAAUGACAAGACACAGUAACUCUAGCCUACUCUUGAUACCUAGGCCCAUAUAUGUGUUAAUGUUAAUUCAUAUGUGUGAUAAGUUUUACUUUAAAUAAAUACCUUUUCAUCCACGUUGGACGAAGAAGCUCUCUUCCUGAUAUAUGGCUCCAGGAAAGAGAGCCUCCUUCGUACCCAGUCCUGCCUGCCAGUUCUCCCACCGGCACUCCCCGAAGCUGGUGCCUUGCUGUACCUGUUGUACUGUGUCCGGAGGGAGUGGAUUUUCUUGCCCACCUCUUUUUCUGAAAAAGACAGUAGCCUAAUGUUAGCAAAAAAACAUCGCACAUUUUAAACUAAAGACUAUUUUACAAUCACCUUUGACCCCACAAAGCAUUAGCGGAUGGAGUAGGCCUAUUACCAGCAGUAAAUAUUUAUUUAUUAAGCCUACCCGCUUUCCUAUAGGCAUUUUUAGCCCCUUGUUUUUACACAGGAAACAUACAUAUAGAAAAAAUAUAAAGAUACUGAGAUACCGUUGGGAACCGUUGGUCCCGUUAAAAUAACUGUAAAUCAGCUCGAGCCCAACGUUAUCUACAAUAGUUAUCUACAAUCGUUCUUCAGAAACAAAGAUAAAUACCGUUAGCAUCUACAACUUGUAUUAAUAAGCCUAUAUAUUAGGCCUACAGCCUAAGCUAUGCCUUUAUGAAACGAAAAUAAAAUCAGGAAACAAGGAAAGGAAAAAGUAACAGAAAAGUGUCGCCUCCUUACCGGAUACACCAAUUGCCACCGCAAUUUCACAACACGCUCUCCUCUUGCUGUCCCUGUUGCUGUACCCCUUGCUGCCAAUGUCGUAUAGGACAGGUUGAUCCUCCAGCAACCGAAUUAAUUUCUCCUCCCUCUCCUCGGACCAGAAGUCUGCCAUCUUCGGAUCUUUUUAUGCUGGAGUGGACAGUACGGUACCGGGACGGAGUAAGGCCGUGACGUACAAGUUGUUCUGUGCUGUGAUUGGCUGAAGAGGAAUAGUUAAAUCGCCGCGUUCUAAAACUGGACUUUGCGAUUUGACAUGUUCAAUCUCUGGCGACUCCUUGCAACGCCUUGCGACGCCUUGCAACUCCUUGCAACGGCUUGCAACGACCCGUUCACACCGCUCCUGCGACUUUCUAAAACCGUCUCGUUGCAAGGUGAAUCUUUGGUCUGAACUGGGCUUAAGUGCGCCAGAUUGGUGCCAAUUAUUGUCGUGUCUGCAUUGUGAUGCACAACUUUGCCUCUUGUUAUAAAACGUGUAUCCAAACAACUUUAGCCAAUGCAACCUCCUAUGUCAGUGUUGCUAUGAAUACUAUGUUGGAUUAUCAAAAAGUGUUAGUUUGUGCGUGUGUGAUGUCAUGUAGGCUAUAGGGGAGCGUGUCUAUGUUCCCCGGGUCCUAUGUUCCCCGCUUUUCCCAAAAAGGGUCCUAUGUUC